AUGUAUGCCGGAGUUCCUUUAAUUUGUAUUCCAAAAUAUGGAGAUCAAAAAUAUAAUGCUUCGAUUGUCGAAUCUAAAGGGGUUGGCAUUUAUGUGGAUUAUGAAGAAUUAAAGGGCUCUACUGAUGAACAAUUAAAGGAUUCUACUGAAUCUCUCAGAAACGCCCUUUAUCAAAUAUUAUAUGACGAGUAUGGAAAUUUUAACAGUAAAUAUAGUAAGAAGGCUGAAAAAAUGAGAAAGAACAUUCUUCGAAAUUAUGAACAUGAAACGAUGAAAGAUAAAUUUUUGGGUAAAUUUUAGGUGAUAGAUUUUAGUGAAGGAUUUGUCUAACAAAAGAAGAAAAAAUUGGAAGAGUUUUUUGGGGUCAUUUGGGUUAAAAAA